AUGGGAAAUUUAGAAGCAAAUGAUGUCGGUAAUAACUCGAGGAAAUACAAUCACCCGUUUGAACCGUAUGAUAUCCAAAUACAGUUGAUGGAUGCAAUUUAUGAUGCAAUUGAUAAUUAUAAAAUCGGGUUAUUUGAGAGUCCAACUGGUACAGGUAAAACGUUGUCUUUAAUCUGUUCGUCUAUGACAUGGUUACGUGAAUACAAAAAGAAUUCAACAUUCAGGGAGACUGAAGACUCUGAGUCUGAAGACGAACCAGAAUGGGUUAAGCAGGCAUAUCAAAAGACUAUUGCAAAUAGGACAAAAGUGCGGGCCCAGGAGUAUGAGAGGUUGUUAGACGAUUUACUGGAAAAUUAUGAUGUUUCCAAAGUAAGUGUAUUACCUGAGAAGAAGGUAAAGAGACAGAAGCCUGAACAAGAACAAGAUGAAAAUUUCAUACCUGCUGAUUAUUAUAGUGAUUCUGAGUUGGAUUCGAAGUAUGAAAACGAUAAAUUAACGUCCGAGAUCAACGAACUAUUAUCCAGGGUAGAUGGCCCCAAGGAAACGGUGGAGCCAGUAAAUGACUGUCCUGUUAAGAUUUUCUUUUCCUCGAGAACUCAUUCCCAAUUAAGCCAAUUUUCUCAUCAAUUGAAUAUGACGGAAUUUGAAUCAUCAUUAGAUAAUAUUCCAGAAAGAAUAAAGUUCUCUCCUCUAGCAUCAAGGAAGCAGUUAUGUAUACACCCCAAAAUCUCGAAGCUUUCUAAUGUUUCAAGUAUUAAUGAUGCGUGCAUCGAUUUGCAACAAAGUUCAAAGAAUAGCUGUGAGUAUAUUCCAAAACUUCACAAUACCCAGUCUGAAGAGAUAGUCAAGAAGUUUUCUGAUCUCAGCUUCACAAAAAUUCAUGAUAUUGAAGACUUGGGUAAAUUGGGUAAUAAAUUGAAAAUAUGCCCAUAUUACUCUGUAAGAAAAGGAAUCGAUGUUACUGAAAUAAUCGCGUUACCAUAUCAAAUGCUACUUCAAGAUUCAACUAGGCUGGCACUUAAUUUGAAUAUAGAUGACUCUAUAAUAAUUAUUGAUGAAGCUCAUAAUUUGUUGGAUGUGAUUAGUUCUAUAUACUCGGUUUCUAUUACCAGUAAUGAACUAUCGGAUAUCACGAAGUCCUUGAAAUUUUAUCUUAAUAAAUUCAUUAAAAGAUUGAAUAGUGGGAAUAGAAUAAACAUCAUGAAACUUAUCAAAUUGUGUCAAGUUUUAGAAAAGUUCAUCUCGUCCAAUUCAAAGGAUGGAAAGAUUAAACAUGGUGAUGAGAUUAUAACAAGUGAUAUUUUUGAAGGAACUACUGGGGACCUUGUAAAUAUUCACAAGAUAGAGCAGUUCUUAAAUAAAUCCAAGAUUGCUUAUAAGAUAGAGAGUUAUAUGCAAAAACUUAAUGAUUCAGAGUCCAUAAAAAAUAGAUCGAACCCCCUAUUAUUCAAAAUAACCAAGUUUUUGAAAUGUUUAACAAAUCCUUCGAAAGAAGGUAAAUUUUUCUGGGAUAAGACGAAUGAUUCUGUUUCUAUUAAUUAUAUGUUAUUGGACCCAAGCGAAAUCUUUAGAGAUAUCGUGAAAAGGGCUAGAUGUGUUUUGUUAUGUGGGGGCACUAUGGAACCUAUGAAUGAUUACACUAAUUAUUUGUUUCCCUACAUACCACCUGAACAAAUAAAGAAAUUUAGUUGUGGACAUAUCAUACCCCAGGAAAAUUUAGAGGUUUUCCCUAUAGGUAAUUACAAUGAUAUUUCAUUUGAAUUUCUGUUUGACAAACGGAACAACAGUAAGAUGAUAAUUGAACUAGGACAUGCAAUUUUGAACAUCAUAGAAUCAACCCCUGAUGGAAUUGUUAUAUUCUUUCCAAGUUAUAAAUAUCUUAAUGUUGUAAUGAAUGUAUGGAGGCAAAAUAAGAUAAUUGAAUCUUUAACCAAAGUAAAAGCAAUAUUUCAAGAACCUGAGGACUCGUCCAAAGUUGAGAAAGUUCUCAAUGACUAUUCAAGUACCAAUAAAUCUGAAAAACACAGCGCCUUGUUGCUUUCAGUAGUAGGUGGAAAAAUGUCGGAAGGUAUUAAUUUUUCAGAUGAAUUAGCAAGGGGAGUGAUAAUGAUUGGGCUACCAUUUCCCAAUAUAUUUUCAGCUGAACUAAUCGCCAAAAGAAAAUUCAUUGAAGAAUCAACAAUUGCAAAAGGAGGAACAAAAUCGCAGGCGAUGGUGAAUGCUAAAAAUUUCUAUGAAAACAUCUGUAUGAGAGCUGUCAAUCAAAGUAUUGGUAGAAGUAUUAGACAUAAAAAUGAUUAUUCAAUUAUUUAUUUAUUUGAUCAAAGGUAUGGACUGGAUAAAAUUCAGGAUAAAUUAAGUGGUUGGGUUAAACAGAAACUAUUUACAAGAGGUAGAUGUACUGAUUUUAAUCAGGUUAUAAAAGAAACUCAGGAUUUUUUCAGACAAAAAUUAUUAGGUUAG